GAAACAAAUACGCAGAACCAUUUAUUUUGACUUGUUUUGGUGGGACACCGUUCGGUAUCGUGACCUUCCUCUAAAGAAGCAUGGACGAAGGGAGAAGUGAUGUUAAGUUUGGUUAUUUUAAAGGCACUCAGUAGUUUUUUUCUUGGUUGUGUUUAAAUUGUAAUUUUGUCGUAAAUUCCCUCCAUCGUUUACGUCUUAGCUGUUGUUUAUGUCACGAUGUUACGACUCUUCACCGCUAGUGAUUUUCAUGGCGUUUACAGAUGUUGGGGGGUUUUGACAUCCACGGUUGUAAAGAGGCAGCUCACAACUUUUCUCCGAGUCCGUCAUCAUACAGCACCCGCCCUGACUCGCCCCUACACCGAAGGUCCAGUGUGGAGGGAUGCUCCUCACCUCAAAGAAACAAAUAUCGAGGAAGAAGAACCUACAGAUUUGGACAAGUGGAAAUCCGUAAUGAGAUCGAAAGCUGCAACAGAACUCAGACAGCAAGGCCUCGAAGAAGAGGCUGCAAGUGAAUUAAAAGAUGACAAUCUCACGGUACCAGGAUGGACCUCGAAGCAUGGUUCGUCACUGCAGGCCACUCGUGAUCUGGUGAUGAUGUGGCGGCAAGCUGGAAAAUUAGUACCUCAAGAGAUCUCUGAUGUGGACUUGGAAGAAUUAGCCAAACGUCCCAGUAAAUCUGCCUGGGUGAAAUACCUGAAAUACCUGGCAAUAAAGGAGCGCAACAAAAAGGCUAAAAAGGAGAAGCGAAGUCUUGUAAAGCAGCAGAGAGAAGCCAUGCUGGAGGAAAAGAAGGACGAGGAGAAGGAACUGAAAAACACAAUGUUCCUUAUGCACUGGUCACGCACUGAGGACACACUGCUGGCCUGGAGGUCGGCCCAGGCCAUGGUGUUUGAUCAGCCACUGGUUUUCGACAUGAGCUACGACUCCAGCAUGUCCAGACGUGAGCUGGAGAACACGGUGUCCCAGCUGAUGGCCACAGAAGGGUGGAACCGACGUGCCAAGGAACCCUUCCACCUUCAUUACUGCAACCUACAGCCAGGUGGAGCCUAUGAAACAGAGCUGAUUAAAAGAUAUGGAAAAGAAUCCUGGGAGCGCCUGCUCAUCACCAGCUCCCACCAUCAGCAUGUCCACCUGUUUGACCAUAAAAGCCUAGUCUACCUGACCCCAGACUCCCGCAACGUCCUCCACACCUUCGACCCCUCAAAGGUCUAUAUCAUUGGAGCCAUGGUAGAUAAGUGCAUCAAGCCCGGCUUGUCACUGGCCAAUGCCAAGCGUCUUAAUCUGACCACCGCCCGCUUACCACUGAAUGAGUUCCUUCGUUGGGAGCUGGGAUCCAAAAAUCUGACUCUUGACCAGAUGAUCCAGAUCAUGCUAACUGUCAAGGAGACAGGGAAAUGGGAGGAGGCCCUGAAGUUUGUGCCCACGAGAAAACACCAGGGUUUUUUUGAUGGAUGUGACAGAAGAAGAGGAGUCUCAGAUCAAGGUCUGAAGAAGGACACAUCUCUGAGCAUCAAGGGACUAAAUACAAAGAGGAUGUUUAAAAAUAAGGACCAAAGUUUCAACAUGUCUCCAGAUGGAGACGGCACUAAGGGUGGGUCCAGAGACAGAAAGACAAAACCUGCUGUAACUGGAGUACGAGUGUCAUUUAAAAGUAGCCAAGAGAAGAACAGAAAGCCGGGCAAAGUAAAAUUGUGGUGAAAGAUUCAGUGAAGAUGUUACAGAGUUUCUGUUUUCUGUGUUUGCAUGACUGGAGCAACAUUUGGCUUUAAAUGGUUUCAUACCAUGAACAUAGACAUCUGUAAAUAAUAAUAAACAAAGACUAAUGAAACAAAAGAUGGAUAUUAUACAGCUUAAAGUGUCUUCUUGAUGUUGUCAAACUUAGUAGGAAGACUGUAAAUUACAAACUGUCUUAAUUUGUUAUACAAUUAUUUAAUAUAUAGAUAUGAUGAUCGUAAUGAACUGCAAAAGAUUUCACAAACAAAUCAAACUUCAUAACAUUUAUUUUUUUCCCCCUUUGUAACAAAUUCAAACUGUGAUACAGAGGAAGAAGUUUGCACUGACAUCAAAUCUUUUUUCAAUAAAGUUGGCAUAUACAGUA